UGUUACUUGUGUGGGAUCAGAUUAUAAAUAUAAAACUUUAUUUUUUAUAUUUUUUUCAAUCAUUUAGAUCCAUUAAAGAUCCAUCAUUAGAUAUAUAAUUAGAUCUUUCAUUAGAGCCCUCAUGAUAUGUAUAUAAAAUUUAAACCCUAAUUAGAUCCCUCAUUAGAUCCUCAUUAGAUCCCUCAUUAGAUCUUCAUUAGAUCCCUCAUUAGAUCCUCAUUAGAUCCUCAUUAGAUCCCUCGUUAGAUCCUCGUUAGAUCCCUCAUUAGAUCCCUCAUUAGAUCCCUCAUUAGACCCUCAUUAGAUCCCUCAUUAGAUCCUCAUUAGAUCCCUCAUUAGAUCCUCAUUAGAUCCCGCAUUAGAUCUAUCAUUAGAUUGAUUAGAGAAGCUCAGCAGCUCCCCUGCCGCUCGUCUCGUGCACGCGCCUGACUCUCAGGAACACCCGUUACUUUUCCUCUCCGCGUUCACGUUCUUGACUGUACCACAAAGUUAUAAGAGUGAGGGGUGUCGUGCAACUCUGUGUCAGGAAACCGAACCAUUUAUUUAAGAUUUGUCUUGUCUACUCGGAAAACGUUGGAUUUAAAACGUCUAAGUAAUUAUAUAUUCUAACUCUGAGCUUUACAGAGUCUCUGUAUGAGGUGUUAAUAUGCCGUGUUGUUUUUAGUUCACCCCCCGGUCGAAGUUAAACUUUUUCUGUGGUUAGCAGAAGCUUUGCAUUUCGAUGCUGUGGCGCUUUGUGUAAUAUUCCGCUGAUAUGGGUUUAUUUUAUAUAUGUAUAUUUUUUAAUAAAUAGUAAAGACGUGUUUUUUAGUAAUGUAAAUAGUUAAGCUAGCAUUGAGCGUUUGGUUUUGUGCAAUAUUUAGCCGAAACUUGUUAACUUGGUUGUCCAGCUGGCUGGAGGUAUUUUUAAUGCUAGCUGUGCUAGUUGUUUUGGUUAUGCUAAUCAGCGGCACCGGUGCUUAUUGUUACAAUAUAAAUAAUAAUAUGUGAUGAUGUUUUACUUCUGUCUAUUUAUGUUUUGCUUUAAUACAUGCCAGUUCUGGCCGGGUGAAUAAAAUAGGACUUUUAUUAUUUAAUUUAACGGGUGUUAAACAGAGAGAGGACUUUAGUUGUGGAUGAUUGAGUGUUAGCCGUGCUAAGCUAACGGGGGUUAAAGGGAGUGCUGUGGGCGGAGAGGAUGCUCAUGUGUUCCUGUGAUAAAGUGGAAUGGAAUGCCGUCCAGGGCCGCAGAGCUGCAGGAGCGGAACAGGAGCACGGAGCCGCCGCCGUGCACUCGUCUAACGGCAGUACGGCCAGUAACUCUCCCCGCAGCACUCCGGGCAGUUCUCCGUUGUUACGGCGACGGGUGCUGGGUGGGCGGGCCAGUGAGGGCGAGGGGCAGAAUGAGCGCACCGGAGGGGGCGGAGCUGAACUGCCCACAGCCUCUUCUUCUUCCUCCUUACUUCCCACCCCUUCCUCCUCUACCUCCAACUACCCAAUCAGCUCGCGGCACUUUGCCCGCAAUGCCAAGAAAAUGCAAAGCUGGUACAAUGUUCUCAGUCCCACCUAUAAACAGAGGAACGAGGAGUUCCGUAAACUGUUCAAGAAACUUCCAGAAACUGAGCGUCUGAUUGUAGAUUAUUCGUGUGCUCUUCAGAAGGACAUCCUGCUUCAGGGACGUCUGUAUCUUUCUGAGAACUGGAUCUGCUUCUAUAGCAAUAUCUUCCGCUGGGAGACCACGAUCACACUCCUGCUGAAGGACGUCACGAGUCUGACUAAAGAGAAAACUGCGAAACUCAUUCCAAACGCCAUCCAGAUCAACACUGAGCAAGAGAAGCACUUCUUCACCUCUUUUGGAGCGAGGGAUCGCAGCUUCAUGAUGAUCUUCAGACUGUGGCAGAAUGCACUAAUGGACAAGACUCUGUCUCCCAAAGAGCUUUGGCACAUCGUACACCAGUGUUAUGGCACAGAGCUCGGGCUGACCAGCGAGGACGAUGAUUACGUCUCUCCCACCGGAGAACAUGUCAACGGCCUGCUGCUGGGUGAGGAUUCCUCCUCUGAAGUCAUGGAUCCAUCUUCAGCCUCAGUAGCUCCUGGAUCUUCUCCUCCAUCCUCGUCUUCGUCUUCCAGUCAGCCCGCGGAGGUUCAGCCGUCUAAACACAGCACAGAGCCGGAGAUGAGCUUGAAUACUCACUGCACACAGCCUACACACCCCACACAGCCCACACUCCCCACACUCCCCACACUCCCCACACAGCCCACACUCCCCACACAGCCCGCCUUAAUCACUGCUGCAAUGAAUUCUGAGGAAAGUGGGCAGGACGGUCAGACGGAAGCGACCAAUCAGGUAGCACCGAUGGCGCACGUGUCAUCGUUGGAUAUGACCAAUGACGAGGACCUUCCCACUGACCCGAGCAACUCUUCAGAUACGCAGGAAGAGAGUGAGGUGGAGUCGUUCAGUGGUGAUCUGCGAGGGCGACUCCACAUUAACACGGUGGUGAGGAUGAGUGUGGACAAACUACAUGAGCUGCUUUUCUCCGACACACACUUCCUGCAGCACCUCUUCACCCAGCGCAACUUCACCGAUCUGUCAGUACAGGAUUGGCAGAAAGAAAGCAGCAGUGGGAUCAGCACUCGAGUUUUGAGUUACACAAUCGCCAUUAACAACCCCCUCGGCCCUAAAACAGCCCCUGUGGUGGAAACACAGACUCUCCAUAAGAGCAGUUCUCGAGGUGUGUGUUACGUGGUGGACUCGGAGGUGAUCACGUCAGGAAUCCCGUACCAGGAUUACUUCUACACCGUACACAGAUACUGUCUCACAUCUGUCAGCACGCAGAAGAGCCGCCUCAGGGUCUCAUCAGAUAUCUGCUACAGGAAGCAGCCAUGGAGUCUGGUGAAGGCUCUGAUAGAGAAAAACACCUGGAGUGGCAUAGAGGAGUAUUUCAGACACAUGGAGGCGGAGGUCUGCAAGUUAGAGACUCUGCUCCAGUCCGAGGUGUCGGUGGUGUGUGUAGGAGAAUCAGAAAUGGUGAAAGCUCCUUCUACACUGCGCAGGCGCAAACACACCAGCCUUAAACGUGCAGAGGGGGCGGGGCAUGGAGGCGGCACUGGGGAGAAAGUGGGUGUGGCUCAGAGGGAACGCAGAGAUACAGGUGCACAGUACCUGAAGGUGGGUGAGAGGUGGCAUGGCUCUGCAAACAACAACAGCAUCACCCUCCUGCUCAUCAUCAGUUUCAUGAUCUGUAUCAGUCUGGUGGUUCUGGUGGCUCUGAACAUGAUGCUGUUUUAUAAGCUGUGGGCUCUGGAGCGAGCCGCUCACACACUGGAGACAUGGCACUCUUAUUCACUAUCAGACAGUCCUCUCCCACAGUCGUCCUCUGAGUGGAUGAAGGUUCUACAGUUACAGCGUCAGUUCCAUCAGGCACAACUGAACAAGUGGCAGCAGAUCUUACACUCCUCAGUCACUCUGCUUGACCAGAUGAAACAGUCUCUGGAGAAUUUACACAGAGGAAUCAUCCGAACUGAGGAAAAGGAACCUACUGCUUCUCCUUCAUCUGAUCCUCCAACACCUCUCCCUACAGACACACUGACCGAGCAGUGACACACACACACACACACACACACACACACACACACAUUUCUUUGUUCUCUGAUCAGUGGACUGUGAUCACGUCAUUGGGUAAAAUUACCCAAAAUGCUCAGCCCCUCCCACUGUGACUAACUGUGAAUGCAUCGCUGCCUAACUUUACACCCUACACCCCACACUUUACACCCUACACCCUGAACUUUACACCCUGCACCCUAAACUUUACACCCUACACCCCACACUUUACAUCCUACACCCUUAAUCCUACACCCUAAACUUUAUACCCUACACCCUGAAUUUUACACUCUACACCCUUAAUCCUGCACCCUAAACUUUACACCCUACACCCUGAAUUUUACACCCUGCACCCUAAACUUUACACCCUACACCCCACACUUUACACCCUACACCCUGAACUUUACACCCUGCACCCUAAACUUUACACCCUACACCCCACACUUUACACCCUACACCCUUAAUCCUGCACCCUGAACUUUACACCCUGCACCCUGAACUUUACACCCUGCACCCUAAACUUUACACCCUACACCCCACACUUUACACCCUACACCCUUAAUCCUGCACCCCACACUUUACACCCUACACCCUGAACUUUACACCCUGCACCCUUAACCUUUCACCCUAAGCUUUACACCCUACACCCUGAACUUUACACCCUGCACCCUUAAUCCUGCACCCUAAACUUUACACCCUACACUCUACACCCUUAACCUUGUGCCCUAAACUUUACACCCUACUCCCCACACUUUACACUCUGCACCCUAAACCGUACAGCUUACACAUUAACCCUUCACUCUACCACUCAUUCCCUACUCCCUAAAGCAAUAAAUCAGUGGUGGUUUGGGACAAAUUACUAUGAAUCAAGUAAUAUUCAAAAUGGGACACGACCACCACUGAGUCACUGUUACACAAAUGUGUGUGUGUGUGUGUGUGUGUGUUCUUCUCUUUUUCUCUUUUUCUGGCUCUUUAUUUCUACAUCUCUCCACACACACACACACACACACACACACGAACACAGUUUUAAACGGAAGAGGCGGGCCCUCGUUCUCCGGAGUCUUGUUUUUGUGGGGUCAGAGGUCACAGGCCCUGCCCACUCCUCCUCACGCUCAGACUGAUGUUCAGCAUCUCGUCAUCAUGUCAGGAUUACCCAGAAUGCUCUGCUGCGUCACGCUUCAGUUCUCCUGCUGAGCGAUUCUAAACUUGAGACCCAUCCAGUAUUUAUUUCUCCUACUUGAGUGUGUGUAUGUAUGUGUGUGUGUGUGUGUGUGUGUGUGUGUGUGUGUGUGUGUGUGUAUGUAAGUGACCGGACGCAGGAUAACGACCGUGUCAGCAAUAAUCCUGAUGAGAAAGUGUGUGUGUGUGUGUGUGUGUGUGUGUGUGUGUGUGUGUGUGUGUGUG